CUACAUGUCAACACAUUCGGGCCUGGGGUCUUGUGAUGGGGAAAGAGGCUGCGCCCAGAUUACAAUAUAACAGUCCAGUGGAAUUUGUCUGAGGCCAUCGACAUCGCAGUGACCAGGUCAUAAUUCGCUGUGUCCAUCUACUACCCACUGUCUCCGAUAGCAAGCUAGCUUAGGCCAAGUAGUUCAUUUAUACUGGUCUGUAUAUAUAUUCGAGAUCGACCUCGAGCAUGGCUCAGGACAAUAAUGGUUCCCAGCUGGAUUUGGAAGAGAUAUUGAAGACAUUGAGAAGCCUGCCACCAUUGCCACAACUCCCUACCCUGCCGGCACCAGAUCCACAGCAGCAAGAGCAACAGCAACAGUACAUACCCCAGAAUUAUGAUAGCUCCCAGUCAUAUCCGCAAGCACAUUAUGGUACCACGAAUGAUCACCAGCAACAACAUGUAAAUUCUUCUACAUCAGCCAGUACUUCAUUCGGGCGCAAUGCAUCAUUAGAUCCCCGACUCCAAGGCCGGGCCACGCCCCCUCAACAACGUCAAGUUCCUCCAGCCCAACGAACAUCGACACCCAUCAUUGAUGUCUCGAAAAGCUCUACUAUCACGGAAUGGAAGUUCGGUUUACGCUUUGUAAGCAAGAUUGCUGCUCAAAACCCUGCAUUUGGGACAGCUGUGCAAAAGUUAAUCAAAGACCAAGAGCGUAACAUACGAGAUUGGAACAAUGGUCGUGAACGCAUCGUUGAAGAACAGAUAGCUAAAAGAGACAAUGAACUGACUCAACGAGCUGCUAUAUCCUUUCUUGCAAGCGCUCCACUUCUUCGAACUCCCCAACGUGACAAAGAAGAGCUUGAUCAAUUCUAUAACAAGGUCUAUCGAGCAUGCAAGCAGAUGACCGAUGCCCAAUCUGAGGAACUUGGACGCUUGGGCGUCCCAUUCUUCGGGAUGAGGCCUGACCUUGUCAUCCCGGACGAAGAUGGACCUGCUGAAGGUGGUACGCUUGCAAGCGAUGGUGCAAGUGAGAAGAUAACUAGAACACAAUUGCUUGCUUUGAAACGCAAGAUGCUUAACCAUCUUAUCGAAUUGUAUGGUGAUUAAGGUCGUCAGUGUUGGGACGUUUGGAGGUUUGAUACUCUGGACCUGCGAGGAGAGGGCAUGAAAAAUUGGCGUUAUCUGUAUGAUACUCCGAGGGGCAUGCACCCCAAGGAGAUUGUAUGUUUAUGAUUCAUUGGUAGAAUUCAUCUCGUGUCCAUAGACAAACUACUUGCUGGAGUUCACUGUACUAUAGGAAUCCA